UUGUAGGUAUCCCGUCCAAAUCCACGUUUAAAUAACCUUUCAAUAGUCGACCCGUUUCUUCGUCGUUCUCCGCCCACGGAGUCUCUGCUCUUUCUCUCGCCACGCCCUUCUGAUCUUCACUGACAAACCCUAGGGCUUUCUUUUCCCUCUCAGUUUCAACAAUCGCCGCAUUUUCCUCUCUGUCUCGCCUUCAGAUCGUACGGUUAUUUUGUGUCUCGGGAUAAUUUGACGGUUGCCGAUCUUGUUCCGUUUUGAUCCACCGAAUUCGAUUCUGGAAGGAAUUUGAGCUGACGGAUAUCUUUCUUGAGCAAUGUCUGUGGCUACGAAGCUCCAAUCGCAUGCUGAACCGGUUUUGGAGUCCCGAGCAAUUCUUGGACCGGGCGGGAACAGAGAUAGGGCGCCUGAGAAGCCAAAAUGCAAACAGGAGAUCUUGAAGAGGACAGUGAAGCAGAAUAAGGCGCUUCCGGUGGUUUCUGAAUCGGUUGUUCGGGACAAUAUCUCCGUCGGGAGCUCCUGCUCUUCCGAUUCUUUAUCAAGCAACUAUUCGGCCAAAUUGUUGAAUCUGAAAGCGAAGCCCAAGCCUGUGAAGACUGUCGCUGCCGGCGGUGACGCUAACGCAACCACAACGUCGCCUGGGCUCUUGGUUGCGGGGAAACGCUGUGAUUGGAUAACGCCUUAUUCUGACCCACUUUACAUCGCUUUUCACGACGAAGAAUGGGGAGUCCCAGUUCAUGACGACAAGAAGCUGUUUGAGUUACUUGUAUUAUCACAAGCCUUAGCAGAGCUUACUUGGCCCUUGAUCCUCAGCAAGAGACACAUUUUCAGGAACGUGUUCAAUGAUUUUGACCCAUCUUCCAUCGCACAGUUCACAGAAGCUGAGUUUACGACACUAAAAGUAAAUGCCACGCAGCUCCUGUCUGAUCAAAAGCUUCGUGCAAUCGUGGAGAACGCUAACCAAGUACUCAAGAUUCAACAGGAAUUUGGUUCCUUCAGCAACUAUUGUUGGAGCUUUGUUAACAAGAAGCCUAUCCGAAACCGAUAUCGAUAUGGUCGUCAAGUACCGGUAAAGACACCUAAAGCGGAGUUCAUGAGCAAGGAUUUGAUGAAGAGAGGAUUCCGUUGCGUCGGGCCAACUGUGGUUUAUUCCUUCUUGCAAGUUAGCGGAAUUGUUAACGAUCACUUGGUCGACUGCUUCAGGUAUCAAGAGUGCGACGCAAGCGUCAAAGAUGACAUGAAAUUAAGAGUAGAAAAUCGGAGAUCGGAGUUGCUUAUUAGAGCUUUGGAGAAGUCUUCCUUGACGACCUGAUCAUAACGUGUUCAAAGACAACGGUUGGUUAUCUCUAACUAUAAUCUUACAAAUCACUGUUAAUAAAAUGGCUCUGAGUAGUUUGAGUUUAACUGCCUGUUUAGAAUUUAUAAUUGCUUCUUUGUAGAUGAUGAUGAUGAUGUAUUAACGGACGACAAACAUGUUGGUUUCUUGUAAUUAUAUUUAUCGCUCAUUACCGAAUGUUUACGUCAA